AUGCAUCUACAUUUCAUUCAGUUGGCGUACAACAACUAUCGAUUUCAGGUUUUACACGUCGAACAACUCACCGGGUACAAACGUACGAAGCGGGGAUAUAGGCCACUGGCUGAACGACUUCAAAGCCAGUUUGACUUCUCCUCUGUGCAGUCACCAACAGAUCCAUUGUACAACUAUCAAUGGUACCUGAAAAAUACCGGGCAAGCAGGCGGCAAGGCUCGUCUGGAUCUUAAUGUUGAAAAAGCUUGGGCAUUGGGUUUCACCGGAAAGAACAUAACGACAGCAAUUAUGGAUGACGGAGUUGAUUACAUGCAUCCAGAUAUUAAGAACAAUUUCAAUGCCGAAGCCAGUUACGACUUCUCCUCAAACGACCCGUUCCCAUAUCCAAGAUACACGGAUGACUGAUGCGCUGGAGAAAUUGCAGCCGCUCGUGAUAAUGGCGUCUGCGGCGUCGGUGUAGCGUACGAUAGCAAAGUAGCUGGAAUCCGAAUGCUCGAUCAGCCAUACAUGACG